UUAUAUCGUGGUGUGAAAAUCGUUAGAGCUGAUGUGGUCAAACGGACACAUCACAUCUAUUAGUGACAAUAACAAGUAUGUUGUUUGUAUCCAAAAUCACCCUAGAAACCCAAUACGAAUCCUUAACACCACAUAUCCUCACAUCAUUCAGUUUUUAUCGCUAUCAAAACACUCUGGAAUUUUAAAAAGCUCCUGCCGUUGAUAUGAUAAUGAGGAGCGAUGUCUGAAUCGGAGGAGGACGUUUCGGAUAAAAAUGUAAAGAUUGUUGUGCUUGGCGAUCCGAAUGUAGGAAAAACAAGCAUAGUAAGAAGAUUCUGCUAUGACGAAUUUACUAGAUACUACGUUCAAACCAUGGGUGCAGAUUUUUAUAUAAAACGAAUGGAUCUGUCCAAGAAAAAGGAAAUUACAAUACGAAUAUCAGACAUUGGAGGAAUUCAACUCAAUGAAAAUAUGCUAAGAAACUACCUCUUCAAUUCAAACAUAAUCAUUAUCGUAUACGACAUAACGAACUCUCAAAGUUUUGACAGCGUUCUAGUAUGGUUAAACGAAGUAAGGAAAGUCGUUGAGAACUCAAAGCAAAUAGCACUUUUCGGAAAUAAAACGGACUUAGAGCACAAAAGAACGAUUAGAUCAGACAAAACACAAAAGUUUGUCAUUGAAUCUCGAUUAUUGAGUUUUCUAGUAUCGGCCAAAACGGGAGAAAAUGUAAACGCAUCUCUGACAAAUCUGAUCGCCAAACAUUUUGGAAUACACCUAACUCGGAUAGAACGAGAAAGACAAGCGCCUAUCGUACAGGCCGAAUUGAGUUCGCACAUUGAAAAGGCAAUCGGCAGUGCGAAGAUUGCCCGCUACAAUCAUCAAAAUGAUGUGUCAAGUUCAGCGUGUUCUUUACAAUGACUUAAUUGAAAAGUUGUGUGUGGUUUGUUAAAUGUGUGUUUUUUAAAGAAAUUAUUUUAAAUAAAGAAUAUUUUCUGA